AUGAAGUAAUAUCAAAAAAGUUUUAUUGGAAAACCUAUAGAUAGAAAUCUAAUUGUUAGAUCUACUCUCAAAUUACCAUAAAUUAGGUAAGAUAUUUCAAAUCAUUAGAGCAUCGGAACUAUGAAUAUUCCUAAUAGGUCAUCAGAACAUAUUCCCAAUUCACGUUUACAUAUGAAAACUAAAACUAGAGAUACUAUUAAAGCAGUUGUUAAGGAACGUCCUCAUUUUAAAUAAUUACCUACAGAUAGAACUAUGCCUACUCUACCAUCGUUAAAUUCUCCAAGGUCUGAAGAUGAGGGAGAAUCAUCACAUAAAAAUUUGUUUUCAAUUAGGAGAACUGUUAUUGAUACUCUCUCAUUACGAUAAUCUCGAAGGACUAGUGUAGAAAAAGAUAGAUUAAAGGAAGAAAAGAAAGAAGAAGAUAGACCUGAUAUACAACAACAUAAUACAGACUAUAAAAUAUCUUAGGAUUAAUAAAUAAUAAAUCAACAAAAUUUAAAAUUAAGCAAAUCACAUGAUUAAUUCAUUUAAAAUCAUGAUAAUUUAGAUGAAGUCUUAGAAGAACCUAUUGAAGAAAUACGACCAAAGAAGGAAUCCUAAUCUAUUAGACCUAAAAAUGAAAGUGUCUCUUCACAAUUCACAUAACUUACUGAUGAAAUACAUUCAGUAUGGGAUAAUGUUGAUUUGUAUUUAAGAGGAAUUCAAUUUGAUGAAUUUGAUUAAUAAGCUUAAUUACAAUCAUUUUUGCAACUCUACAAAAUGAGAAGUGGAGGAUUCCCUGUAAGUUACUCAUGAUUAAAUAAGGGCUAAAGAGAGAACUUGUCAAAUGAAGAAGUAAUUAGGAGAGCUGCUGAAUAUGCUAAAGGCAAUCGCCAAGUAUUUAAGAAAUAUUUUCCAACUAAACAAGUAGUGUUUGAAAAUGAAGAAGAUUACACAUAAUCAUAUGAUGUUAAUAGUGAUGCUAAUUUUUAAAAAUUCUAAAAGUAUAUUCAGAAAUAUAAUUAAUAAUAAGAACAAUAAUGA